GUACCUCUGAAAUACUGGAAAUAUCGAAGAAAUAUGAAGUCUUAAUAACUUUCUCAGCUGAGGAACUUUUUAUCGAAGGAAUGACGGAGCAAGUAUUUGAAUGUAAGGAUGCGUUGACAGAUUUUCUAAACCGUGAAGACGAAAAGAAACGAGAGAUAAGAAGAUUGCGUAAAAUUUCUCAAUGCGUGCAAUGGUCGUAUUUUGAUAAAAAUGGUGCUAUUCUGUUUGAUGAAAACCUGAACGGAAUGAUUGAGAGAGAAUUCAGAGUCUUCAACAAUGAAUUUACGCUCCCGAGCUCCAUUGGCACAUACAAAGUUGAUCUGGCUAAUAUGAUCAUAACCGAAAUGCAAACUGGGCUAACUGCAAUACUGGCAAGAACGGAUUUGGAAAAAAAAAACAACCCGUCGGUUUCGCCCAGAAUUCCUAUAAUAUGGGAACCACAAACAAAAACUGUUCAUUUGGUCGAACUCUCCACUUCAUCAAAUGAAUACCAGGAGAUAAUUGAUCUGAUUGGCCCUGAAGAAAUAUCAAUCGAAUGUAUCGAGAGAAUCCAGAAUCCUCGUUUAUAUAAAAUGUAUCUUAGUAAAAAAGAGUCAAUGGGAACGGAAGCAAACGAAAAGCAGUUGUUCCACGGUACAAAGUCAGAAAAUGUUUCUUCAAUCAAUACAAACAAUUUUAAUCGACGUUUUUCCGGUAUAAACGGUACAAGAUAUGGCCAUGGUGUAUAUUUUGCAAGAGAUGCUUCCUACUCUAUCAGCUUUUUACAAAGAAAUAGCGAACACGACGGAGCUUUCCAUAUGUAUGUCGCAAGAGUUUUGGUUGGCAGGAGUAUAAAGGGCUGUAAAAAAUUACGUGUUUUGCCGAAACGAAAUGACCCACAGAACCCUGAGUUAUUUUACGAUUCCGCCGUGGACGACACAGAAAAUCCGUCGAUAUUUGUGACGUUCGAUGACCAUCAAUGUUACCCAGAAUAUUUGAUUUCGUUCAAUAAGGCAUAGUUUCAUUUUAGAAAGUAUUUUUGCACAAUGAAAGUAUAAUCUCCAAGUUAAAAUAAUUGAAACUGUCAAUCUGGCAACAUUUAUAAUCUCAGA